CAAAACCAGCACCACUGGCUGAUCUCGGCAAAUUCCAGGGACCUCAUCUUAUGUUUCUGCCGACCCUGCCUGAUCCCCUCUCUCAGCAGAUCUAGCCUGGCAUUACCACUUGACUUCACAGUAGUAACGUCGUUCCGAGCUCCGCCAGCCGUGUCGAUUCUUCCUAAUCAGAUCAUUUUGAAUUAGAAGCUUCUCACGCUCUGCUGUUCUGGUUCGAUUCCAGCGCGUGCCUACGUGCUUGGUGAGGAUUGAGCGUGCGAUGAUCACGAUGGCGACGACGACCAGGCGAUAAUCGUGGCGACGAUAAACAGGCGAGGUGUCGAUCAGGCGAUAAUCGUGGCGACGAUAGUCUGGCGAGCCACUGAUCAGGCGAUAAUGACGUCGACAUAAUCAGGCAAUAGCGACGGCGCGAGGCGCUCUGUGUUUCGCAGUGAGCGAUUGAUCCAUCUUAAGAAAGCCCCCUGCUGUGCUCUAUCCUCGCUAUAGUCGACUCGAUAGUAGCCAAUCAGUUCCAGCCAGGUGUUGUUCUGGCGGGUGUUUUUCAAGCAGGCGUUAUCCCGCCAGGUGCUAUCCAGGCAGGGGACUGACAUGGCUAGCUGUGUUGGCACUACCCAAACGCCAGCUGUAGCUAACCGCCUUGCGAAUGGUUUUGCGAACAGCGUGGCGAACGGUUUCGCGAACGGCUCUCCCGCUCUCCGUCUGCCUGUACAAAGGACCCGGGUGCUAGGACGAAUGGCUUUGGCGUCGACAAUUCAAAUCUCGAGGCUGCCGAAUCAAAUCUCGAGGCAGCGGGGAUCUUUGGUCGUUAAGAUGGGGAUGGGGGGACGAGCCAUGGGGGGACGAGCCAUGGGGGGGCGAGCCAUGGGGGGGCGAGCCAUGGGGGGACGUGCCAUGGGGGGACGAGCCAUGGGGGGACGUGCCAUGGGGGGACGUGCCAUGGGGGGGCGAGCGAUGGGGGGAAACGGGGAAGAAGAGGAGCUGGGGAGAGGUAGCGCGGAAUCGAGAGCGGGGAGUGGGAAGCAGGGGAAGGAGGCGGGGGGAGGGAUGGCGGAGGGUGGAAAAGAGGAGCUGGUGGGGGAAGAGACGGGGAGAGAGGCGGGGAAGGAGCAGAGGGGAGGGGGGAGAUUAAGAGUGGCCGUGAUUUGCGGCGGGCCGUCUGGCGAGCGCGGCAUAUCUCUUAACUCCGCGCGAUCCGUGGUGGACCACCUGGAAGCUGCUGACGUGGAGAUUAAGACGUACUAUGUGGACCCGUCUCUAAGAGUCUUCGCCAUACCGACCACUCAGAUGUAUUCCAAUACGCCUGCAGACUUCGAUUUCAAGCUACGCAGCAUGGCUGCGCCCUUUCCUUCCCUCACUGCCUUCGCCUCACAUCUGUCAACCGCAGCUGACAUUGUUUUCCCUGUCAUUCACGGGAAGUUUGGCGAGGAUGGGGGCAUCCAGGCUCUGCUGGAGGAGCACGGUAUUCCGUUUGUCGGCACCUCAGCUGCUGCGGCACGCAACGCUUUUGACAAGUACGAGUGUGCUGAGCACAUGAGGGGCUGUGGCUUGCCUACCCUUCCGUCCUUUCUCAUCCAGUCUGGGGUAAACGACAACGAUCAUGACGUGGCACUCGCUGACUGGUUCACCCGCAAUGGCGUGUCACCAGAGGACGGUUCUGUGGUUGUGAAGCCAGCACGAGCGGGGUCAAGCGUUGGCGUUUCUGUGUGCUCUGGCAUGGAAGAAGCUUCCCAGAAGGCCCGCGAGCUGAUAUCUGAGGGUAUUGACAGCCGCGUGGUGGUGGAGCUGUUUGCAUCAGGGGGACAGGAAUUCACCGCUAUUGUGCUCCAGUCGGCAAGUAGCACGGGAGGGCAGACACAGGAGGGUCUUGGACGGCCUGUGUGCCUGAUUCCCACUCAGGUUGAACUAAUUAAGAGCGGCGUCUCUAGGAGUAAUCCCGUUGUUGCUGACUCACCUGCCACGUCAGCUGCGGAAGGUGCUGAUGCUGCAGGUGGCGGUGAGGAGGGUGACAUUGGCGUAGAUAUUUUUGACUAUCGACGGAAAUAUCUUCCGACGCAACAGGUUCUCUACUCCACGCCUCCUCGCUUCCCCCCCGCCAUCCUCUCCUCCCUCCGCUCCUCUGUGUCCCGCCUCUUCUCCUCCCUCUCCCUCCGGGACUGUGCGCGGAUCGACGGAUGGUUCCUGCCACCUUCCUCCCCGGCUUACACCCGCGUGCUUGCUGGGCAAAGAGCCAGCCGUAAUGAGGGAGGUAAAGGGGCGGCUAAUAACGAGGAUGGAUUGGAGGCGGAGGAGGAGGAGUAUAAGGAGGGGAUUGUAGUGUUUUCGGAUGUGAAUAUCGUCAGUGGCAUGGAGCAGACCUCGUUUCUCUUCCAACAGGCAGCGCUGGUGGGCCUCUCCCAUUCGCUCAUACUGCGUUGGAUCCUCGCCUCUGCCUGCUCCAGAUACAGCCUACCCCUCCCCCUCCACCCUCCUCCGGCUUCUCCUGGCGUUGUUCCCAGCCCCACAGAGAGGGAGGAGAGAGAGAAUGGAGAAGGGGGAGAGGCGGAUGAAGCUGGGAGGAGGCGGCAGCCGGUGUGGGUGUUAUUUGGGGGCAGCACGGCUGAGCGCCAGGUGUCUCUUAUCAGCGGAACCAAUGUGUGGCUCAAGCUGAGGGCAUGUCCCCAGUUCGACGUGAAGCCGUUUCUUCUGUCUCCGUCCCACGACAGCAGCAGCACAGCCAGCAACGACAGCGGCAACAGCAGCAGCAGUGGAUCGGUCUCGUUGAGCGAAAGAGCAUCAUGGGCUGCUGAGGUGGACACAGUCUGGUCCCUCCCGUACCCCGUAAUCCUGCGGCACACAGUGGAGGAAGUUGAGGCUGCUUGUAUCGAAGCAUCAAGAGAAGCAGCAAGGAUAACAGAAGCAGCAGCGGAAGCAGCAGCCGCAGCAGAAGCAGCAGCAGCAACAGGCAGCACCAGUAGCAGUGCCUCCUCCUCCUCUCCUACAUCCUCUCUCCUGGCGUCUCUCCAGCAAUCCAUUGCUCAAGAGCUCAUGGAGAACCCAAGCUCUGACGAGUCAAGCAAUGGCAAGGCAGCGGUGUCCCAAACCAUGGCAGGGGAGCCGAGUCUGAGUCCCCUGGGAGAUGUGGACCUCCUUUCGCCCCCAAGACAGCUGUCGCUCCAUGAUUGGGUGGCAGCUGCGAAAGUCGAAGGAGCAGUUGUCUUCGUAGCAGUGCACGGGGGCAUAGGGGAGGAUGGCACGCUGCAGCACUUGCUGGAGCAUGAGAGUGUGCCUUUCACAGGUUCCGGGUCUGAAGCCUCCCAGCUGUGCAUGGACAAAGUGGCUACUGGGCAGGCUAUUGCCCAUCUGGCCUCUGAGGGCGUUUUUUCUGCCAGGAAGCUGCUUCUACCGCUAGAUCUGCUGCUGCCCUGUGCUGCUCCUGUCGCUGCCACCCUCUCCACACCUGCUCCCACCACUCACUCCACUUCAACAGCAGCAGCAGCAGCAGCAGUAGCAGCAGCUGGUGCUGCUGAUGCCGUGUGGCAGCGGCUGGUAGGGGAGCUUCAGGCGGGCUCGUUCUGUGUGAAGCCGGCAACAGACGGGUGCUCGGCUGGCGUGGCCAGACUAGCCACCCCAUCUGACCUCGCUGCCUACACCGCAGCAGUCAGAGAUGCAGCUCCUCGGCUGCUGCCUGGCCAGCUGUCGACGCUCUGCGCAAUAGUGGAGAUGCCUGUUCGCCCCCCGACCCAUCUCCUGUUCGAGCCUUUCAUUGAGACAGACCCCAUCCGACCGCUGCCGGCACCACCUCUUCCCACUGAUUCAGCUCUUCCUGCUGACACUAGCAGAAGUGACAUUAACGAAGAACAGCUGCAGGAAGGGGAGGGUGGUGCAAGCAGAAGUGACAAUAACGAGGGGCUGGUUUGGGAGGGGAAGCGGCGGUGGGUGGAGGUGACUGUAGGGGUGGUGGGGCACAGGGGAAGGAUGAGGGCUCUGGCUCCAAGUGUGACUGUAAAGGAGUCUGGAGACGUGCUGACACUAGAGGAGAAAUUCCAAGGUGGCACAGGCAUCAACCUCACUCCUCCUCCAACAUCCAUCAUCAGUGAGUCUGCCCAGGAGGCGGGUCGGAGGCGCAUUGAGACGGUGGCCAGUGCUCUCAACAUCGAUGGCUUCGCACGGAUUGAUGCCUUCAUGCACGCGGAUACCGGCGAGGUGAUAGUUAUCGAAGCUAAUACAGUCCCGGGAAUGACUCCUUCGACUGUGCUUAUGCAUCAGGCCUUGGCUGAGUCCCCGCCGAUUCGACCGCGUGAUUUCUUCGCCAUGGCAGUUGAGCAUGCUGUUGAAAGGCACAAGAACACGUGAUGGAUCAUCAUAAGUGUAGUUGUAUUGGAUUACCCCAUACAUGCGGCUAUUUGGGUUUGCAUUGGGCUGGUUUGUUGACGAGCUUGUAACGAAUACACGAGGGAGGGGAUUUUUCAGGUGUGAUGUGAAGCCCCCCUGCCUGCUGAACGUGGUCCAACAGUAUCAGCCAAUCAAAUUGAAGCAUGUGAUCGAUGUCAAGGAGCCUGUGAGCCAACGGAUGAGAUUGUCAGAUUUGGCGAUUCUGCGAAAUACCAACGUGUUC